GCGCACUGUACAUUGCACUCCAUGACUGAUCGUGUACGAGGCUGAUUCAAGAGCUAGGGAACUAAAUCAUAGAAAGAUGGAAGACCCCGAGACAAAUGGAUCGAACGAAGAGCCAGACCAAGUGCAGUUCCUGUACAAGGCUAUGUAUCAAAGGGAUCCACAGAAGAGGAGAGUGAAACCAGUUGAUCAUCAUCUUCUGCAGUUAGACUUUGGCUUGAGUGAUAGUGACAGUGAUAGUGACUUUGAACUGAAGGGAGAUCAUGAAAGUGACUCAGGAGGAUCACACGGAGAUGGAGGUGUUGGCAGUAGUGACGAAGAUAAUGAUGAUGGUGAUGAAGAUGAAAGUGAUGAGGACAGUGGCAGCAGUAACCUGGACAAGGGAUCGUCAGAGAGCGAGACUGAGGAGAAGCUAACGGUCGAUCAGAUGAUUGCAAAGGCUAAGAAAACGAAAGGGCAUAGUCAGUCACCAAAAUCAGGGAACAGAUCUGGAGACAAAUUAAAGAUAGUGAUCUGUUGUGUGUGUCUUGGUGAAAACAGCGAAGACACAGAUGAGAUUGUGGAGUGUGACAUGUGUGGGGUCCCAGUCCAUGAAGGUUGCUAUGGUGAGAACCAGAGUGAUGCGGACUCAACAUCCAGUAAUCAGACUGCUAGCUCUACAGAGCCGUGGUUCUGUGACCAUUGUAAAGCUGGAGUCCUCAAUCCUACAUGUGAGUUAUGUCCUAAUCUUGGAGGAGCAUUCAAGGAAACAGACGCUGGAAGAUGGGUCCAUGUUGUUUGCGCCCUCUAUGUUCCUGGGGUUGCAUUUUCGGAUGUUGCUAAGCUGAGAUGGGUCACUCUGUCCGAGAUGGCACCUGCAAAGUGGGGAGCAAAGUCAUGUAGCUACUGUGAAGAUGAGAGGUUUAGUCUAACAGGAGUAGCAAUCAGUUGUGAUGCAGGGAUGUGUAGAAACUUCUUCCAUGUCACAUGUGGUCAGAGAGAAGGACUGUUAUCAGAGGCUUCACCUGAUGAGGAGAUUGCCGAUCCAUUCUAUGCGUACUGCAAGCUUCAUGUUGAGAAGGGUAUCCGACGUUACAAGCGUCAGAACUGGCUUGCUAUCCAGUCCAAUCAGAAGCAAGCAAGCUCUGUCAAUCAGCGUCUAGCUGCCCUGCCAGAUAGAGUCCAUGCCAAGUUCCUAAGCAGGUUCCAGGACCAAUACAAGGCUAUGAGGAGGCUGAAACCAGACCCCUGGGUGCCCCCAGAGAAGGUCCCCCGGGCCCUCACUACCAGUGCCUCGGCCUGCAGACGUCUCAUGCGUAAGGCCGAGCUGAUGGGCUUUACCGUGGAUAAUAUGAGGGCGGCUCACGUUAGACACAAGAGCAGUCAGCAGGUCAGCAGGAAGUGGCAUAUCCCUCCAGCAUUCUCAGCAGAGUUUGUCAACUACUGUAUAGAUCGAGAUGAGAGGAUGAAUAAUCUAAAGUCUCGUCUCAGUGAUUUGAUGAAGCAUAGUGAGAAGCUCCAAUCCCUUGAAAGUCAGUUACGCCGCAAGUAUGAUGGGCUAUCGGUACAAGUAGCAGAAAUGCGAUCAUGUCAAGCCGAGAGUCGUGGGGAAGUAGAAGCCAUGUGGAAGACACUGGGUGCGUUGGCAGGCAAGAAGCUACAGCAGCCUCAAGUCCUUAGCCUUCCUCGAAUUAGGAAAACACCAACCAAGAGAGAAGAAAAAGAAGAGCUGAAGUCUCCAGGUGUUAUUCAUCUGUGUGGCCUAUGUGAGCAGUCUCAUGACCAGCAUCUACUCGUGCUGUGUGAUAUCUGUAAGAAGUAUUACCACAUGGGUUGCUUGGAGCCGCCACUGACACGCCUACCAAAGAAGAGUGCUUUCAGUGUUUGGCAAUGUUCUGAGUGUGUUAGUAGUAGCAGUGAUGAGAGUGAUGCAGAAGAAAGCAAGGAAGUAGAGGAAGAGCCGAGACGUAAGAGACGGAUCAUCAAGGAACCCCUCAAGUUUACCACUCAGUAUCCAGACUUCCUGUCUACCAAAAGGGCUACCAAACCAAAGGGUAAAGGAAGGAGUAAGAUGGCAACAAAGAGGAAACAGAUCAAGACUGAUCCUACUGAUGAUAUGCAGCUUGAUCCAGCACCAAAGACCAGAAGGAAAUCAAGGUGAUGGACUUUAUUGCAGGGCUUGUUGAUAAUGUAGCAUACAGGUAGCAAGUGACAUGAUCUACACAUUUCCAUAAUGUUUAGAAGGUACUAACCAUGAAGAGAAAAUGUAGGGGCAACGUGAAGCAAUCAUGGUAAUUUUUAUUUUGAUUUGUCAAAUAUCAUUUUACUUUGUUUUGCAGGGUGGUAGAUAAUGUCUUGUCUUUCUUAUUGUGAACUCCAAUUUAUGACAGUUCGUAGGAAAGGUUGGGAAAUAUGUAAGGUUCGAAGGCCAGUGCACUUUAUCAUAAAAACUUGUUAUCAGAAACAACUGCCAAAAAUCUAUUGCAAUUGCAAAUUUUUCACACAACCUGUCAAGUGCCAGGAUUUCAGUAGGUUGUAUUUUCAAUGAUUGUUACUUGUUAUUGCUAAUUAGUUUUAAGAAAUGGGUCCAGCAGACCAUUGACCAUUAAUUACUUUGGAGUGGGCAUUUUAAAACUAUGCAUUCUCCAAGUAUGUAGUUUAUCAGGUUUCUCAAAAAUAGGCUGAAUGGUUAGAUACUCUUUGUUAUGACUAAGUGAUGGCUAUAUCUGCCACAGGUCAUUUUAAGUUCUAUUCUUACCUCUUGGUGCAUUAUGAUAAUUGAAAACUCCAGUUGAAAUUUCAUUGUUUUUGUAAACUGUAAUCCUAAUAGUAGAUGUGAUGAUCCCUCAAGAUUUAUCAUGAAUUAACAACUCUUGAUACAUUAUGUUGCAUUUGUGACCCAACUAAAAAAAGAGAUACAAGAAUUGAAAGUCUGUUUCAUUAAUGGCAGAAAACUGCAUUAAAAAAAACACACAGAUUGAUUUGCUGUUGCAUUCCCUGUUGCUUAGUUUGAAAGUAAAACAAAAGCAUGUAUUGUUGAAUUAGGCCUAGGCCUGUACUUUCUUGCAGUCACUUUUGAACUCUAGCUGUAACAGAUAGUCAUCAUCAAACUUUCAUUGUAAUGUUCUGAAUUUGGCAUGUGAUUGUAAAUUGAAGUAAACAUACAUGUAAUAAAGUAGAUUUUAACAUUGUGGAAGAUUAAAACGAACAUUUCAGUCUACUUAUGUUAGGAGUAUUUUGAUAGAAAUACAUGUACAGUGGCUGAAUUCUAAUAACAAGUACAAAACAAUAGGUGUGAUAUUGGAGCACAGAAAGUUAUCUUCUGCGAUAUUAGCUUUUGUAUCAGUUUAAAUAUUUGUGGCUAGUAUGUUAAAGUAGAAAGAAAACAUGUUAAAAAAUGUUCUCAUUAUGUUCCCCCUGUAUGACAAGUUACAUGUGCGUGAUAUUUUGAUGUUCCGUCCAUGAUUUUUGAUGAAGUUUAGUGUAAAUAUGUAAAGGAAAGUCCAUUUUCAGGCUGUCAGUCAUUCUGUCUGAGCCGAAGCACACUACAUUGCAGUCUGACAUAGGUUUGUGCAAACAGCUUUCUGAUCGUCUUACACAGGCUAGUGGUUAAUAUAAGGGACUUUGCAUCUUCACCUCUAAUUUGUGUAAUAUUCCAAAAGGGGAUACAAUUUAAAGUGACUCGUUAACAUUGCCUCAGAUUAUGAAACAAAAUCCUGGAUUUAGCUCAUGCUGCAAUCAUAAUUAUAAACCUUUAGGUCAGUCAGGAAUCCCAUGACUUUCAUAAGCCGAUCGCCUGUCUCAUCAUCAAGAUAUUUAUGAUUGGUAACCAAAAUUUUAUUUUUUGUUUUCCUAACGGUUUAUUGGGGAAAAUGAGUAUGGUAAAACCGGUCACUCAAAGUUUUUUCCUUUUUUGAUGCACUUCUUGAUCAUUUUGAAUCGCAAUUUUGUUUAUGGCUUCACUAUUACACCAUAUCACAGACGCUGAUAACACGUAGGGCCAUGCAUCUCAGAUUUAACAUUGUUAAACGAUGCCUUUAAGGUACAUCAGCUCAGAAUGUUUAGUAUCUUGCUGUUUGUCACAUUUUUUCAAAUCUGAAAAACAGCUUUCAGGCCUUGCCAAAACAAUAAAAUAGCUGUUCGAGAAAUUAAGUGUCUAGUCGAGACCUGAAAUACUUCUACCAUCGUUUUCAAUUUCAGUAACGUAGCAAGUGUUAUCAAUGACCAAGAGGCAAGAUUAAUUUUUUUCAGACAAUAGAUAAGAUCUUAAUAAGCUGCUUGUUGGCACUUUCAUAUUUAAAAAAACAUGUUUACUUCAAACCAACUGUCCUGUUCUCAAAAUACUGAAUUCACAGAUUUGACUGUUUUUCAGCGAGAGAAGGAUGUUUACUUUAAAACCGUCAAGGUUAAACAAAAUUAAUCAGGCGAAGCAUAUAUUCUUGCAACAUGCAUAUUAUUGUGAGACAUUUCAUCAUACGUGUGUAUGUCUAGGUUUCAGUGCUAAAACUGAAGAUUUGAUUAUCUUUGUAAAUGUAAUUCUUGAAUUCAUGUAGUAUACGUAGGCAUAAGUGUCGCCUGUUUCAUUUUUGUACUUUCUAAUUUAAAUGUUUUCAGUGAUGUUAUUCUGGUAGUAGUUUAACAUUUUGUUUUGUUACCAUCUUGUAAUGUGAAGGAAAGUGGGACAAUCUUCCCCUCUUUUAUGUACAUCUGUGUAUGAUGUAUUCAUGUUUAGUGUUUGUAAUUGGUUCACUUAUUGUGCCAUUAAAUCAUGCACUUGCCACUAGUACAAA